GAUAAAAUAGUAAUUGUGAACAUGAGUUGUCAAUGAAAUUCUGAGUCUAGACGGAAUAGUAAUCCGAUAAGGCCUUAUGUUACACGAUUCUCUACAAAAAUCCUUUUUACCUUCUGUGAGUUAUUUCAAAAUUCAAUUUUAGAUAUUUAUAAGUGAUAAAUUAUUAUUGUAUUUAUUUUUAAAACGUAAUCAUGACCAAGUAAACAUUUAUGAAAUGCAUUAAUUAAAACAACGAUUGUAAGUAAACUUAUUUUGUCUGACUUAAAUCAUUCUCAUUACAAAUGAUUAGUUAUGGCUGAAAAAGAAUGCACACAGAAAAAUACCAGGGAUGUAAUUAAAACUAUGACGUUUAUAUUAUUUUUGACAUUAUUUAUGUUUUAUUGUAUGGGCAAUGAAACGAAAGACGAUUACGAUUGUCGUCAAUUAGAAAAUUCAUCGGUUGCAUUAAAAAAUCAAACUGUAAUACUCGAUGAAAAAGCUUUCAAAAAUGGUUUCACUGUGUGGGAUGACAAUUGCCGCAUUCCUAAUGUCAGUGCUUUCGACGAUUCAGUUAAAAAAUUCGUGAAAAAGGAAAAAUCUCCAAAAUGCUCUUCCCUUCCAUCUGUAACUUCUGUAAUUCUUGAUGUUAAAUCAUGGACGUAUACCCUUAAAAUUAACAAGUUUUACCAAAACAAAGCUGAUUUAAAUAUAUCUUGUUGCUAUUCAUCAAUACACAGAAAAUAUUUAAAAAGCAAACGAUCAUUCAAUGAUGAUGAUCGUUACACAAUAGAGCCUUCUUGUCAUCCAAUUAAGAACUCUGAGAUUAUUCCAAAGACAGUUGAAUUUAUGGUAGUCAAUUGCAAAAUACGCUCAUUGAAAAAUCCUUCUAAAUCAACCACUCGUAGGAAUAUUCAUGCAAUGGUCAUUGACAAACAACUGAACCGAUUUUCAAAUUUGAAUGGUACAAGUAAACCCAGUGUAUUAAUCAUCGCAAUCGAUUCUCUUUCCCGACUGAAUCUUAUACGAUCUAUGCCUAAAACCUAUGAAGUACUUGAAAACAAUGGAUUUUUAUCUCUUGAGGGAUACACUAAAGUGGCAGAUAAUACAUUUCCAAAUGUUAUACCUAUUUUAUCUGGUAUGUUUGUUGAACAAAUGAUUAAAACAUGCUGGAAGUCUCCCAAAAUCGAAAUGGAUCAGUGUCCAUUUCUUUGGAAAAAUUUUAAAGAAUCAGGUUAUGUUACAACUUACGUAGAAGACCAAUCCGGUAUGUCAACUUAUAAUUAUAAUAAAUAUGGUUUUCGGAACGCACCCACUGAUUAUUACUUGAGGCCAUUUAUGGUAGCUUCUGAAAAACUACUUCCGAUAACUAAAUUCAACGCUAUGAAUUUUUGCGUGGGAUCUACUCCCAUCGCUGAACAUAUAUACCAUUACAUUGAGGAUUUUGUCAGUCUGCACAAGGAUCAUGGGUAUUUUGCCGUUUUUUGGCUUAACACAUUCAGUCACAAUGAUGUCAAUGCACCGUCAUCAAUGGACCAGAAAACGGCCGAAAUGUUGACAAAACUGUUGACUCGUAAUCAGCUGAACAACGCAGUGACUUUUUUAUUAAGUGAUCAUGGUAUGCGAUUCGGUGAAAUAUUGGAAACUUACGUCGGGUGGCUUGAGGAGCGAAUGCCGGCUUUGUAUAUGCGACUACCUCCUGGGUACACAGCUAAAUAUCCAGAAAGACGUCAAAAUUUUCUAGUCAAUAAAAAUCGAUUGACAUCGCCAUUCGAUUUACAUCUUACUUUAAAAAAUUUUUUGUCCGAAGAUGAACCGUUAACGGCCAUUGGCUGUAUCACGUGCCAUAGUCUUUUACGUCCAGUAAGCGUUAAUAGGACCUGCGAACUAGCUGGUAUCGAAUCGCAUUGGUGUACUUGUGAUGCUUAUGAAGAGCUUGACAAUAAUAGCUCCGUCUCCAUGACCAUUAGUCAACAUGUUGUGACUGAAUUGAACGCACGCACUAUUAAAUAUAAAAUGAACAUUAAGAAAGGUUUUAUGUGUUCGAAAUUAAAGCUCCAUAGUCUGAUAUCAAUUAGACAUAAGGUGAAUCGACCGAGUGAAUAUUUAGUGGUUUUAGAAACAUUGCCUGGACAUGGUAAAUUUUCAGUCACUGUAAAAAAAAUUAACGACACACAUUUUGGCGUUCCUGGCGACGUAAGCCGUAUAAACAUGUACGGAUCUCAAAGCUCCUGUACUACUGACUGGAAUUUAAUAAAAAUUUGUUACUGUGUCAGGAUCAAUGAAUUGAAGCCAUAAAUUAAAAAGUUUAAAUAUCGGUAAUAAUGGAAAACUAUUGAUUUUGAUUUUUAUAUUUAAUAUACAUAUUGUCAUUAAAAGUUUCUAUAAUUUAAAAAUUAAGUUCUUACGUUUUAGCUUUAUAGCAGUUUUUUGGCGAAAAAAAUGCAACUUCCAUAAAAUAUAAUACUUUACUAGUAAUUUUAUAAGUUAUAUGAUUCAAAAAAAGUACAAAUAAUCAAGUAAUGACAUGUGUUCCUGUAAGGGGUUUAAAUGUGUUUUUUUUUACUUAUGUAUUAAUAAUCUAGUUAUACUAAAUAUAUUUUUAUCACUUUGUCAUGCUGCAUUAGAAUUUUUUUUCUCAAAUAAUAGUUGUUUAUUGAUUAUCCAAUCAUAAAAACACAUAAGAAUAUUUUGGAAUUUUAUGAUGGUUAUAUAUUUUGUAGUAAGUAUUAUGGAGCUUGUUUUAAUAAGUUUGUUUAUGAAAGCUUGGAUUAGAAAUUAAUUUUUUUAGUAUUAACUACGAU